AUGGGGAGGUCAAUCGAUUUAAGGCCGGGUCAGGGCCGCAGCCGCGUGUCAGCAGCCGAGCAGUGGGUCAAAUGUGACCCAGAUCGACCACGUGGCUUCAUCAUGGCCGUUGACACGAGGGGGCGAUCUAACGACUCUCAGAAAGCCGUGCAAGGCUGUGCGGAUGUGGAGGUAGAAGUUUUUGGGUCAUUCAAGACAGGGAUUUAUCUUCCAAGUAGUGAUAUUGAUAUAGAAGUUUUUGGGUUAUUCAACACAAGGAUUUAUCUUCCAAGUAGUGAUAUUGAUGUAAGCAUAUUGCCUCCUGUUUGCUCAUUCUCGCACAUCUCUCUGCAAGAGAGCCGGAAAAAUAGAAAAAAAAGCCCGCAGGCCCCCUUGCGGGAACCUCCUUCUCCUGCAGCCAAACUCCCUGCAAAGACCCAUUCUCCCUUACCUCCUUCUCUCCUUCGCACCCAGCCAUCACCAUCCCCCAUAGCCACAGCUCUACCUUCGCUUCAUCACCGCCGUUGUAUCCAACUCCACGCCGCAAAGCAGCCCCGACCAUCCAUCACGGCUAUUCCUCUCGACGCCCACUGCUUCUGGCCAUCAUCUCUCCAUCCUCACUCUGCAACUCCGGCCAGUCCCAUCAACUCCGGUGAUCGCAGCAGCAACAGACCCUACGGCCAGCCCAGCUUCUCCUCAUCUCCACGCUCGUGCCCAUCCUGGAGCAAACGACUUUUCAUCAACAUCAGCUCCGGCAUGCUCGACGUUCCUCCAAUAGCAGCGGUCAUCAGCCUCUGCAACACCCACACCAAGCAGGAACCAGCCACGGCUAUCUCCAAGCCGCUGACGUCCAGCAGCAACAGCAGCCCAGAACAACCACUGCCGAGACCUCCGCCGCUGCUGCUGUUUUCCCCGAGCACCAGGAUUCUCCGGCCAACCACCAUUCUAUCCUCUCGCUGGCACCAUGGCCCAGCUCCGUCAACAUGUGGUGAUCUAGGUAGGUGAGUAGAUCAGACUCGUAGAUAGAGGGGCUUCAGUACUGCCCUAUCAGUAGAGUGAGUAUUUUAGGGAGUAUUUAUGUAUAGCCCUAGCCUAGUUGAGGGUAUUUUGGGAAACAGUCAUAUAUGUAGAUUUUGGGGAACAUUUUAGCACUCUGGUAUUGUAUAUUUUCUUGAUUGUGUUUAUAUAAAUUCCGC